AUGUCAAAAACACGACGUCCUAAAGAACUCAUCACUGAACCCUCAGUUGGUGAGAUAUGGUCUUCGGGACGCACUAGCCCAAACUUUCAGCAACAAUUUCCACUCACUGCUCCGGUACCUGUUCGUUCCUUGAGCAACCCGGUUCCUCCCUCUCCCCCAUUUAUCAUACCGGAUCGUAAAACUUCCUUAGCCUCGAGUAUCUCGUCAACUACUUCCUCGGGCUGGGGACAUUCUCCAGAAAGAAUAGAAACUCUUACACCAACAAUGCCUCGUAAAGAAUCUGCCUCGAGCAUUUCAAACUCUCAAAGGUCUGCUCUUUAUCUUGAGCCUGAGAAUAUCAAUGCUCUUUUUGCCUCUGCAGCAAAGACAAAAAAUAAUAAAUUAACACUUGCGGGACCUCCUCGACGAUCUUCAGAUUUGGAGCCGCCGCAGCGAUCCCCCUCUCCACUACAUACACCCGGGUCUUCACCAACCGGUACCUUUGGUCAUACUAGACGAAAAAAAUCACGCGAGGAAAAAGAGCCUUCUUUUCUUGCUUCGUUGUUUGGUUCAAGGCCUGCUUCACCAAGUCUUGAUAUAAGUGCCCAGACAACAUCGAAUAAUCAUUAUAAUACUAAUUCCUCAAAAACAGUAAAGUCAAGUGGUUUUAAUUCUAAUUCUAAUUCAAAUGGCACAAAUGAAACACAUUCACAUGGUCAUGCUCGAAAAAUGUCUGCUGGAAAUGCGGUAGUAUUAGGAUUGCCUGAAGAUGAUGGACAGCGAAGAAAAUCGUUUGAUUCAUAUCGACCAAAUGAUACGACUAACUAUGGAUAUUGUCCACCAUCAGAAAUGACACAAUUUGCAUAUCAAGUUACAGCAGAAAGUCUUUCAGAUCUUCAUAAGGCCAAAAUGGCUACAAUAUCAAGUAGUGUAGAACUUCAACCUUCAUCUCAUCGCAGGCACGGACUUCAUAAAAGAACAAAUAGUUCAGAUAGUGAACAAAUACAGAUGGGGUUAGAUAAUGGUAGCUCGUUGACUUUGGCCAGCACUCACACAAUUACGCCUCCAGUUAAAGAAAAGAAAGCCGGUUUUUUAAAUAGGUUUAAAAAUGGCAAGAAAAAAAAGUCUGAUAAUGAAAGAACACCUGAAGUUAUUCUGCACAAACAUUAUGAUUCAGAAUCAAUAAGACAUGGCGUGUCGGCACUAAAUACACCAAUAAAUGAAAAAGAUGACUAUUUUUCACCGAAUCUUUUGCCAAGUAGUAGUUCGGUUAGAUCGAAUAAGAGUGAUCAUCAUUAUUACAAUCAUUGGGGCAGAAUUAAAAGACGAGAGUCGUUCAAGGAAAAAAAGAAUAACGCUACAACUGGCUAUGAUUACAUGGAAGGCAUUCUAAAUUACAAUUUUGAUGCGGCAUCUAACUUCAAUGGUUCUUUCGAUGAUUAUAAUCACAAAGAUUUUCAGUCGUAUGUUACUGAUUUCAAGGAAUUUCCUCCCGGCGGUAAAAAUGAAACAUGGUUACCACCUGAUUCUUGGGCAGUUUUGAAACCAUCUGAAUUUGGAAUACGAUUGGAUGAUGGAGAGGAAGAUCAAGUUUCUAAUGGACAAUUUUUUUGUAUUCGAAUUUUCCGACCAGACGCCACUUUUGGAACCGUUAGCUGUGGACUCAACACCACAACGGCAGAAUUAUGUCAAAUGUUGGGUAGAAAAUUUUUCAUUCAAGAUAUAUCGAAAUAUAAUCUAUACGUCAAGAGAAAUAACUUGGAACGCGUGUUAGCUCCACAAGAACGUCCUCUUCAAUUACAGAAAAAAUGGCUUGAACAAGUAGGAUAUUCAGAAUCAGAUAGAUUGGAGGACCUUGGUCGAGAAGAUAAUAGUUAUUUAGUAAGAUUCACGUAUCGACAAGCUACAAUGCCAACAAGAACUGAGGAAGAAGAGAAUCGAGCAUCAUAUAAGCAUGUUGAUCUACAAGCAAGAAAUUUACAAACAAUUCCGAUAUUUUUACAUAAAUACGCGUAUACAAUUCUCUCACUGGACGUAUCACAAAAUCUUUUGAUCGAUUUACCUACAGAUUUUAUUCAAUCAUGCACGCAAUUACGCGAGCUUUAUCUCGCUCAGAAUGAUUUCGAACGGGUUCCACAAUCAGUUCUUGACGCGGAGAUGCUUUCAAAGCUCACACUGUCAUCGAAUCGUUUACGAGAUCUUGAGCAUGUUCGUUUGGAUUCACUUAAAAGUCUAAAUAAUCUACAAGUGGAAAACAAUUUAUUAAAAACACUUCCAGAAUAUUUUGCACGAAUGAGUUCUCUAAGCAUUUUGAAUUUAUCAAAUAAUAGUUUUAAAUCAUUUCCCGAGACACUAUUUCAGAUAUAUUCUCUCCAAGAACUCGAUAUGUCAUUUAAUCAAAUAGGUUUGAUACCGGAAGAAAUCGGAAAUCUGAGCUCGCUCGAAUGUCUUCUUGUUGUUGGGAAUCAAAUAACUGGUGCAUUGCCAGCUUCAUUCGCAAAACUAGUCAAACUCCGUUAUCUUAAUUUAUGUCACAAUAUGAUACACAACAUUGAAGUGCUAUCGAACUGCCCACGUUUACAACAGUUAUACGUGGAAUCAAACAGCGUUAGUAUUGUUGAUAUAUCGGCGAAUUCUUUGCAAGAAUUAUAUUUAUCACGAAAUCAUCUCACACAAUUCUCGUUAAUGGGAACCGGCUUGACGCUCACGACGCUUUGUCUAACACAUUCAAAACUCACAACACUUCCGGAUACACUAUUCGAACAUUUAUUAGUAGUAGAACGACUUGAAUUAUGUUAUAAUCAAUUGGUUUCGUUGCCUUCUACAAUAAGUACACUACAACGACUAAUACAUUUCAAUUGUACAAAUAAUCUUUUAACUGAAUUACCGCCAGAAAUUGGACGAUUAUGUUCCCUGCAUUCACUUGACGUGCACAUCAAUAACAUAUCAAAAUUGCCAAAAGAAAUUUGGCUGUGUCAAAAUUUAGUGUCAUUUAAUGCUAGUAGUAAUUUAUUGAAAUAUUUUCCAUCACCCACGACUACUCUCUGCACACUUAGUAAUAGCAGUCAUGUUGAUUCGUCGGCUAAGAGUGGACCACCAUUAGCAAGUUCUUUACGUGCCCUGUUUCUUGGAGAUAAUCAAUUGAGAAAUGAUGUAUUUGCUGUGAUAUCGGUAUUUACAGAACUCCGUAUUUUGAAUUUGGCAUUCAAUUAUCUGGAUGAAUUUCCGAAAUGUAGUCUCAUGAGUAGUCAUCUUACCGAGUUAUAUUUAAGUGGCAAUGAAUUUGGUGCAUUACCCGAUGAAAUCGAUCAAUUGACAAGUCUUCGAGUGUUGCACGUGAACGGGAAUAAACUACAGACAUUACCAGCUGAAUUAAGUAAAAUACGAAAAUUGCUAGUGUUGGAUGUUGGCAGUAAUGCAUUAAAAUAUAAUAUUGCGAACUGGCAAUUUGAUUGGAAUUGGUGA